AUGUCGACGUCCAGCUUCAAACUCGACCCCAAAAUCUUCAACCGCGCCCUCUACGAUGGCCUGGUGGAGACAUGGUUCGCCGGCGUCGACACGAGCGGCCAAGAAUUCGACAUGAGCAUCACAAAGCGCUGGUUCAUGCAGACGCCCUCUGAGCGCGCCGCGUUUGACUCGCACUGCCGCGCCGCGUUUGCGCACGCCAUUGAAGCCAUUGGGCCGCGCGAAUUCCCAGAUGCAACCGCCCAGCCUUUCCUCGACGAGCUGCAGCGCAUCACCGAGAAGCACAAUGGCGACAAGAGCAGCGAGGAGGCGGCUUGGACAGCGCUCAGCAUGACGCUGCUGCUCGACCAGAUACCCAGGAACCUGUAUCGCACAAACGACGGCUUGAAACUCGUAUACGAGCAUUACGAUCGCAUGGCGCUGAGCCUUGUGCGCGCUCUGUUGUCCCCUUCGUCGUCGCCCAUUUCCCGACCAGAUCUCCACCCGGUGUUCCGCCUCUCCUCGCCACACCGAACGUGGUUCUACAUGCCGUUCCAGCACUCGGAGGACAUAGCCAAUCACGAUUUCACGGAUGCUAUAAUCGCCGAAUUGGAGGGCGAAGUGCAGCAGCUGGAGGGAUACAAUGGGACAAAGAUGCUUCUCGGGGGAUACAACAAGGCGGCCAAGCAACACAGGGAUGUUCUGGAGAAAUUCGGUAGGUACCCGCAUCGCAAUGCUGCGUUGGGCAGAGAGAGUACAGAAGAGGAAAAGAGGUUUUUGCAAGAGGGCGGCGCGACGUUUGGGGUUGUGCAGGACAAGGACGCGCCGGUAUAG